UGCUAAUGAAUAGUUCACUUUUUACAGAUGAUUUUUGAUCCCACUAUGAGCAAGAAGAAGAAGAAAAAGAAGAAGCCCUUCAUGCUCGAUGAAGAAGGAGGAGACACUCAAACAGAAGAGACACAGUUGACAGAAACUAAAGAAGUGGAGCCAGAACCAACAGAGGACAAAGAUAUAGAAGCUGAUGAAGAGGACAGUAGGAAGAAAGAUGCUUCCGAUGACCUGGAUGACUUAAACUUCUUCAACCAAAAGAAAAAGAAGAAGAAAACAAAAAAGAUGUUUGAUAUAGAGGAAACAGAAGAGGGUAUAAAGGAUUUAAAGAUUGAAAGUGAUGUGCAAGAGGCAGUGGAACCAGAAGAUGACCUUGAUAUCAUGCUUGGCAACAAAAAGAAAAAGAAGAAGAAUGUAAAGUUUCCAGAUGAGGAUGAGAUGUUGGAAAAGGAUGAAGCUCUGGAGGAUGAAGACAGCAAAAAAGAUGACGGAAUUACUUUUAGUUUUCAUACUGGACCCGCAUGGGCAGGGUCAGAAAGGGACUACACGUAUGAUGAGUUGCUGAAUCGAGUAUUUAACAUAAUGCGGGAAAAGAAUCCAGACAUGGUAGCUGGUGAGAAAAGAAAAUUUGUCAUGAAACCACCACAGGUUGUAAGAGUAGGAACCAAGAAAACAUCAUUUGUCAACUUUACAGAUAUCUGUAAAUUAUUGCAUCGUCAGCCAAAACAUCUCCUGGCGUUUUUGUUGGCUGAAUUGGGCACAAGUGGCUCAAUAGAUGGUAACAACCAACUUGUAAUCAAAGGAAGAUUCCAACAAAAGCAAAUAGAAAAUGUUUUGAGAAGAUACAUCAAGGAGUAUGUUACUUGUCAUACAUGUCGGUCACCGGACACAAUCCUGCAGAAAGACACCAGAUUAUACUUCUUGCAGUGUGAGACCUGCCAUUCUCGCUGCUCCGUUGCCAGCAUCAAAACUGGUUUUCAGGCUGUCACAGGCAAGAGAGCACAGCUCCGUGCCAAAGCUAACUAGUUUGCUAAUCGACACUGGAUUUUGCAAAGUGUUCUGGGGAGAUAUGACUGGACAGGUUUACAAUCGGCGUGGAUUUACCAUUGUAUUAAACAAGGUUGUAAGAGCUACCAAGAUAUUUGGCUUUUGAUUGAUUGGUCUGUGAAAUCCUUGCAAGAUGCAGAUCCUGAAGCUGUUCACAUACAUUUGCUCAUUGAAUAUAUUUUACCAACUAUCAGAGAAAUAUGAUGGGAAAGGAGGUGCUUUUUAAUCCAUUCAUAGACUUCUGUACAAUGCAAGAUAAAUUAAAGUUAUUCUAACAGUGACUCUUUCAUUUGAAUUUUUCCUCCAGUUUUUCUAAGUUGUAUCUGACAGUUGCCAUGAACACGAUUUUUACUAUGACUACAUGCAGGCUAUGUUAAUUAAUUAUGUCCAAAGAACAGGAUAAGACUUCAGCACACACUUCAGAAGUGUAUUUUUCCUCUGGAAAGCUCCUUUUAGGGAGCCUGUAGCUAGAACAGACAAAGCAGUUGUUAUAUAAAAGGCAUACUGGCUAAGAUUCCGAAUGGCGAGAAUAGUCCUGUCCAUGUGAAAACUGCCCUUUUUUAAAACAUGUAAGGAUGCCUGGUUCCUUUCCCUUACUACUCCUGUACUCUCCUCCUUUGCUAUUAUGAGAACUGGCUUAUGAAGUGAUGAGCUGUUCAGUAUCACUUCCCUUAAUGUUCUUGCCAGCUAUUAAGGGCACUUUAUCUGUUAAUGCAGCUGAACAGUUUGGUGCAACUUAUUAAGGAGAAAAUGCAACCCCUUAAGCAGUUCAGAAGAUCGGUCCUGAAUGUCCUGUUGAUACUGAAUGUACACAUAGUGAGUUGGUGAGCUAUUGUAAACAUGCACAGUGUCACUGUACUAAAUUCAUAAAUACGUUCAUUUCUCUCUCGUCUCACUUAGUUCUCUACUUUGCACCACUUGAAAUGACUAAUCAAGUUAAAUGAAAAGGAUAUUGGUAACAUAUUGCACACUGGAUCCAAGGCAAUGAAAAUGUAAAAAUAAUGCCUGCUAGCAUCAAAUUUUAAUUCAAGAUAUUUUUUGGGUUCCAGGCUUAAUGUACAAACACUGUGUGUACUGUAAAACAUGCAUCUUUCUCCACUAGCAAAAGGUGGUGUGUUUUUGUUUUUUUUUUUGAAGGGAACUCUGGCACUGAUUUGAAAAAAGCCACACAGCCUCUGAACUUAGUGUAGGUCCUACACACAUCUGUGUGCUCUUAUCCUCAUGUCUGGUUCGUGCAGUGAAUGUUGUUGUCUCCAGUUUUCUUGCCUGGGAAUCUAGUUAACUGUUACCAUUCCCUAGGAAUGGGAUUGGGGGUAGAACGGGGGUGGAGAGAGGCAUGCUUGCCAUUAUAGUACUGUCAAACCUAAAAAACCUUGUGUCUAUUCAAAUAACUGACCUCUAAAAUUGAAGUGCUGUGCCAAUUGAGGGAGAAAUUCAGCAGCAGGCUGGUGGCUUGAUGGGAGUUGAAUGGCUUCCCUGCAUGUAACCCUAGUAUCCACUCACCUAGUAAAUAAAGCGAGGAUGAGGGUAUUAUUGGCUCAUUUUAAGGCUGCAAUUGAAGGGUUUCAGUUCUGAGUGUGUUAAUCUGUGUGUGUAUAUACUAAUAUACAAUCCAGUUUUGCUGGUAAACCAUUUUUAUUUGCUAUUUGAAAACUACUUGACAAUACAGUGCGGUUAAAGUCAAGGUUUUAUAGCUGGUUUCUUAAAAGCCUUUUGAAUUUGAAGAGUGAGCUGUAACAAAUGUUGGCUGUGUCUUUAAGUGAAUAAAACCAGGAUCAGUGCCUCUUGUGUAACAUAA